AGGAAGGAGAUAUAAGAAGGGGGGGGUUGACAGGAUUGGGGGUGUGUGUGAUGCAGCAGAGCCGCGAUGAGAUGCAGCAGCAGCUGUGGGGAGGCUGGACCUCAGUGUCCAACCAGGUCUACAACAACCCCAAGGUGACAUUGCUGAUGAACACCAGGGUGGGUCAGUACCUGAGUGGACACCCGGUGCUGGCUCUGGCCGUCUUGUUCUUCUGUGCCAUGGCUGCAGUCCCCGUCGGACUCUUCCUCGUGUUUGCUGUGGUUACGGCCACCAUGUCAGCUGUGGGCUUUGUGUUCUUUGAGGGAUUCCUGCUGUUCGUGGCGGCCAUCACGCUGCUGUCUGUCCUCUCCGGCCUGGCCUUCCUCUCCGUCAUGGUGUCGUCUAUCUUUGCAGUAUUUUACAUCACCGUGUCCAGCCUCCUCAACCACUACUACACCCCCCAGCGAACAAAGCAGGGAGUGGACGACCACCAGGGGAACCAGGAUGGAACACCAACAGAGGACAAAAUGAAAUAGUUCCAUUCCUCUCAAGCCAAUCUCGCGCAGCUCAUGAAUAACACAACUGCAGCACUUUUUUCAACUUUAUUUUAUGAGCGAAUAUCCCAAAUUAGUUUUUACAAAAUACCAAAAAUCCGUGUAUUUAUGACUUCACGGGGCCUUGUUACCACAGACGAAUACUGUAUGUUAAAUUAUUUAGAAAAUAAGAGAGCGCGCAUAUAAAGUGCAACAAAGAAAGCUGUUACAAAUGGAUUUUUUGCAACCUUCUUGUAAAGCUUUGAAUAAAACGUCUUGAUGUAUGUCGUUGCUAAGAUGCCAGCAUUAUUCAUUCUAAUCUCAACAGUGGAUAGAAAUACAGGUACUGUACAGGUAAUGUACUGGAGGUAGAAAAGUUACAUUAUUACUAUUUGAAUGAGUACAGUACAUUAAACAUUUAAAUACAUGUUCAUAUUUACAUGUCAACGUGAUUGUGACAACUUUUAGACCCACGGUAUAUUUACAAAAAUUCAUUUCAAAAGGAAUUUAAAAACUAUCAAAUUUAACAUGAAAAAAAUUAAUAGAAAAAAAACAUUUAUAUUAAAACUAAUUUACUGUAAUCAAAGGUGAUUGUGACAAUUUAUAUUAAGUAUAUUUUAUUAAUUAUUCAUUUAAAAGGGAAUUUUAAAAUAUGAAUUAAAAAAUUUAACGUUGGAAAAAAAAAAACUUACUCCAUGCAAUUUACUUGGCUGCACGUCGGCCAAGUGGUUAGCAUGUUGGCCACACAGGAGAUUGAGGAUGAAAAAAUACUGCAUCGGUUUUUGUUUUUAAUUAAAGCUGCAGCCAUUAAAUCGAAUAUUCAGUUAGUCGACAACCAGUAUGAUUUUUGAUCUUUAUUUGAUUUCAACAUGUAAAUAUCCCGAUUAUUUUAAAAUGUCCUUCAUCAUCUAUGAAAGCAGACCUGUUAUUUUUGUCUUUUAGGCAAAACAAGGUACUGACAGUCAUCAGCUUUGACUUUGGGGAAACCGGUGAUCUUUUCUGAUGUGUUGCGGACCAAACCACUUACCGGUAACUAUUUGUGUUUGGUUCAUAUUGAUUUGGUCCAACUAGGGCCUAACCGAUCAGGUAUAUUAAUCAAAACCAGCUUCAGAGUAGUAAUCACCUAAGAAAAUCAUUGUUAGUUGCAGCCCUACUUUUAAUCAAUGAAAGGUAUUUUGGUAUUUUUUUUUUUAACAAAGUAGUCUUUUGUGCCGUUAUUAGCAGGUUGUUUUUCCCCCCCACCAAAUGUCAUACGUAACUUUUUUUUUUUUUUUGCAUGUCUGCGUUGAGUUUUGCUUUUAUGAUUUUUAAUAAGUACACAAAAACACUCAAUGGUGAUUCUCAUAAAAUCUUUAAUGGGGGUGAUAUCAUGCAAAAAAAGGCCAAAAAAACACCUUAAUAACCCUUCAGGAGUAACCAAUGUUGAUGUGAAUAUCUGACAUGAUUAUCCCUACCUAGCAAAGUGAUGUGAAAAUGCAAACCAUCGAUGAAACGACACAGCCAACCGUGUUGUAGGAUGGAACGUGUCAGGCCUGACUCGCCGCACAACAAUUGAUGCUUUAGAAAAAUCACAGGGGCAGUUGAAUUGUAAUUAAAGAUUCACGACUGACAACUCAGAGAAAACCAUUGCUGCUACUUAGUUGGUGGGUUCUGUCAUAAAAAGAUCUUUCUUUUUUUUUUUUU